UCAGGGCUGGGUGCCAGCAUGGGGCGCGCGUGGAAAAGUCAUCGGAAAUUUACUCUGAGCACGCUACGGAACUUUGGCAUGGGCAAAGUGAGCGUCGAGAAAAGAAUACAAGAGGAAGUUGUGGCAUUUCUGAACGUAGUACGCGCCGAAGGCGGUCGGCCAUUCGAUGUUCAGCCGAUUGUGGUGAACAGCGUCGCUAACGUAAUCUGCAGCCUCACGUGUGGCGGUCGCUAUGACUACGAGAAUCCGGAGUUCAAAGAGCUGUGCGCGGCUCUGCACCAGCUGUUCAGAAACCUGGAAGUGAGCGGACCGAUAAAUUUCUGCCCCUAUCUGCGCCACCUACCGCCGUUACGAAGAAUCGUUAAGGAAUUACGGGCCGAUAGCAGGUGAGUGUAAUCGUACGCUUCACCAUCA